UUCGCGGUAGUCCGCGGGAGGCUCGCACAUCGUGUUCCAAUCUGAUCCGCAGAGCACUCGGUGUGCGUCGUUCCGUGCGCGUCGUGCUGUAACGUAACGCGCUCGCUCAGCUGUCGUUUUCUAAAACGACAGUUCCGCGUCGGUGGUGCACGAUGUGGAGAUCAAUUUCGUGAAGGCGGCAGUGUUGGAUGAGGUGAGCGGCAAACUCCGCUGCUGCAAAUUCGUUAAUUCGGGGAAGAUGAACAUGAGCCUGGGAAUAGGGGCGCGCGGCUCGGAACAACAUCCACUGCGGUUCGCGGAUUACUUUGUCAUAUGCGGCUUGGACAAGGACUCCGGUUUGGAACCAGACAAGUAUUUCGGUGACUCAUUGCAAUGCACGCCUCUGGAUCGAGCGUACGAAGGCAAAGUGUUGGGACAUUAUCCAGACUCGGUACCAUGGAAUCCUUUCGACGAUCACGCCGUCUGCAUGCUUUGUCUGCCAAGCGGCUUGCGAUUCCGUACGCAAAAGCACUCGGUGGAGCCGACCUUCCACUCUUUCGUCCUCACGAAGCAAGACGGUCACCGAACGUACGGGUUCAGCCUUGUUUUUUACGAGGAGUGCCGCAAUCGCAAGAUAUGUAUCGCUAUGCACACGCUGCAGGCGAUGCACAUCACGGAGCUCAGCAGUGGUCAAAACGGCACACCUCCCACAGUGAGGAAGGGCCAGGACGGACAUAACACGAGAUCGCUACCACGUCAUUUUAAAUUGUCAGCUCAUUCGCCGAGUGCUGCGUUAGGAUACUAUGACUAUACCAAAGACAAGUUGCUAGUGACUAAAUCGAUAUCCUUGCUAUGCCAGCAACCUUAUCUCUACGCGGCGAAGACGUUCUUGACUAAUCUCUACAAAUGUUAUUUAUUUAAAAACCGUGAAGAUCUCGAUGAAAUGAAUCUCGAAAAUGAAACAAGCGAUGAAAUUGUUGCUCGGUGUGUUCCUAGACAUCCCGGACCUGGUCUUAGUUUAGAGUCUUACGUGUACAACCUCCUGCACAAUAUACCGGUACCGCUGCCCGGCAAAUCGCUGAAGUUUUACGUACCUAACGACGAACCGGCGAAGUCGCCGCUGGAACUGGUCAUCCAUCAACCGUCUCCGAUGCUGGAGCUACCGAUGCUAGAUUAUCCUCUCAAGGACGUGUUUACAUGGCUAGGGGCGGAUUGUCUGAUUCAGCUGUUCACUUGCGUGCUGCUGGAGAACCAGGUCCUCUUGAGGAGCUCUGAUUUUCACAAGCUGAUGGCGGUGUCCGAGUGCAUAACGGCGCUCUUGUUUCCCUUCUCGUGGCAACAUGUUUACGUACCGAUAUUACCCGCCAGUCUGCAUCACUUCUUGGAUGCACCCGUGCCCUUCAUAAUGGGUCUGCAUGCGCACAGCGAGGGUGGCGUGUUAAAGAUUGCUAGCGAAGCAAACCUUUGCUAUGUAGAUAUAGAUAAGCAAAGUAGUCAAUUUCCGGAAGAAUUACCCGUGUUUCCUCAUAAAAUGCAGUUUAUUACGGAGAUUAGAGCGCUUCUAAACAAGUACAAAGUACCACAUUCAGGAAAGACUGAUAAUAUGGUCAUCAACUAUUACAAUGGCGACAUCAUGACCAGUAGCCUCACACUUCCAGGUUCUGGUUUUCAUCUUCCUCGUAGAAAACAUUCUUUGCACGACGUACUGGAUUGGGAUCGGCCGGAACCACCAUCAUCGCAAUCGGACAAUCUGCAAAGGAUAGUGGAUAUUGUUAAAAGAUCUGUAAAUGUAGAUGACAUCGAUUCCAUGGAGGACACCACAAAGGAAAAAAUACUCACGCCUCAAGAGGAAUACCAAGAUACUCUCAUUUUCAAUAAUGCUAUUAGGGAAAUUUUUUUGAACCGUUUUGUACAAAUGUUUUCUAGUUACGAACAUUUUGUCAUUCAACCGAGCCAGGACAAGGAUGAAUGGAUAAACAAUAGAGAUAGUAUGCACGUUUUUGACAAAGCCACGUUUUUAUCCGACCAGCCUACGCAGCAUCUGCCGUUUUUGUCGAGAUUCCUGGAAACGCAGAUGUUCGCCUCUCUUGUUGACAGCAAAGUGAUGUCAACAUGGAGCGAGCUUGACUACAAUAUUAAAGUUUUCGACCAAAGAAUCUCAGCUCUGAAAAAAAAAGUCGGAGAGAGCAUCAUACGAUCAAUGCGAUACGAGCCUUGCACGAACAUCGCAGACAUACAACAAAUACUCGAGCAAAGAUUAACGAACGUAGACUUCGAAACGAAUCCACCUACGGAGAUUCUUCCUCACAGAGCUGCGUACUUUCGCAGCUUUCCUUUGCUAGAUAGCGUCGUGUUGAACAAAGAGCCUACUCAAAGUAUACUUCGUAGUAGGAGAGAGCAAACACAAUGGAAGUACAAGAUGAAAUCCAUGGACAAUGGAAAGCCCGCGACGCCCCAAGAAUCUCAAUCGCCUCGUCCUCAGACUAAACUCUCAGCGGACAUGAGCCCUGCUUUAAUAGCACAAGCGAAUUGGACGUUCGUGGAAAAAUUACUCAAGGAUUGUAAAUCAAAGACGAAGAGGAUGCUGGUGGAGAAAAUGGGAUCGGAAGCCGUCGCGCUUGGUCACGGCGGCGAGUCUCUAUCGGACGUCGAGGAGAACACUCUAGUCGCUAGCCUCUGUGAUCUAUUGGAGCGAGUGUGGAGCCACGGGCUGCAAAAUAAACAGGGCAAAAGUGCGCUUUGGUCGCAUCUGGCCAUGUAUCAGGAAGCGGUAGAGUGUAAUGACGCAACCAAGUCCAUAGAUCCCAACUUUCUUUCGCCGGCUAAGAAAUCGCCAAAUAAGUUUUUCGGAAUGCCUCAUCGUUUGAUUUCAUCUUUGAGAAGCAAAAGUAUUAUUGCAAUUACCUCUUACAUCAAGGACAGUUUAAAUGAUAAGCCUGGAAUUGGCUUGCCGCAACAAGGUUUAGUUUCACGAAAUUUGUCGAACUUACAAUUGGAGACGGACGUUUCGCCCACGAGAGGCGCGGACAAGCAUAAAUCUCCCGGUGAUAGAAAAAGCGUCGGUCCAGAACACUUGAGGCCUCUCCCAGAUUCUCUAAUCUUCGACAUUCGUAAUGUUCAAGCGAUGACCGAUAUCAAAACGCACAUUGGAUACGCGAGAGCGUGGGUGCGAUUGGCGCUUGAGAAAAAAUUGUUGUCACGCCAUUUGAAAACGUUAUUGUCGGAUACUGCUCUAUUGAGGAGUCAGUACAAACGAUCAGCGUUUUUGCGCUGUGAAGAAGAGAAGGAGCAAUUCUUGUAUCACCUUCUGACACUCAAUGCUGUUGACUAUUUUUGCUUCACGAACAACUAUCCGACGACGAAAUUACCGUAUCGAGUAGUGAUAUUCCCCAGUCGAAAGGCGAGCGCCGCUACCACUUCGGCCAAUAGUUGGAUUGCUAUUUCUGGUACACUCUGCGAAACCAAUCCCGUGCCGAUACCGAAGGGAGCACUUGAAUUUGUAUUCCACCAUAAAAACUUAGGCGUGUUGUCUACGCUACGGAUUGGACAUGACAAUACUGGAUUGUCACCGAAAUGGAUGGUGGAACACGUUGUAGUGAGAAACGAAGUGACGGGGCACAUGUUUAAGUUUCCUUGUGGCCGCUGGCUUGGCAGAGGAAUAGACGACGGAUCCACUGAACGUUUAUUAGUGGGAGCUUUAGUACCUCGAAGCAUUGAUAGCGAAGAGUUGAUGGAAUCAUGUUCCACACCUCCGAGAUGUAGAUCACCAAGUAUACCCAGGCGUCCCAUAUUGUCGCAAGUCGAACUACAGCACAUGCUCGGCGAGGCUGUAAAUGCCAUUGUUAAAUAUCAUUAUAGAAGAGAGUGUCAAGAUGGUUCCUUGACAGCUCUGCUGUGUGGAGAGGGUGGUCUUGUGCCGUCCUUGGAACAAAUAUUUUUAUUUGGUUUCAAAAAUCAGAGAAUAUUUGGGAGGAACUUCUAUGUAUGGGAUUAUCUCUUGCGUGUGAAAGAAAAUUUUGAGAUCUCCUUGUUGGAGGAAAUGGACGAGUACUCUCAAAGACUCAAUCGAGACAGAAGAAUGUACUCGGAAAGCAGCCAAAGGUUCACAAUCUUAAGAUGUUAUUGCCACCUUAUCGAUCAAAUUAAUAUGUUUAGUCAGACUUUAGGAAAGGACGGAAAAUUCCAAUUGUUUGUCUGUUUAGCAGCGAGAGAGAAACUUCUUCAUCCAAUGUUACGGCCGAUGAGCGAUGCGCGUUCCACGAUGGAUAUGUACGAGGAAAGUUCGUUCCUGAGAAAUCCUACUUUACUGACGUUCCUCAUUCAUAUUCUUGAACCGUUAAGUGAAUUCCACAUUGUCCUUGAAAAGAGCCUGACCCACGGAAUCUCUAGUAUAUGUUAGUAUUUGCCAAAACGUACCGAUGUACGCUAACUCGUUGCGGAUAUUUCGUGCUUCUUCGGUGAGUGUUGCGAAUAUUCGUAAUCUUAAAAUUACAUUGGGCUUUCCAAUCGGUACAAGAAUGUAUCGUUAUUUGACAUUUUAUUUAUUGAUGAUAACGAACAAUCAUCCUUUUUGUAAACAGGAAUAUGCAUAUUUAUUUUUACCUGACAGAAGAGAUAAUUCUAAAUAGUAUCGAAUGAUGAAUCUGAUUGUUACUAAGUAAGGUGAUAAAAAACUCGACAAUUUUUGUCAUAUACAAGAGAUUAAAAGGAAUAUUAAAACUGAAGAUUGUUACAAGGAUGUAACUAUAUAAUACGCGUUUAUAAAUAACAAAUUAAGAGAUUAAGGUGAGAUUUAAUAUAUGUAAUAUUAAACAGAGAAGGAAGAUAGAUCUCGUUCUGUUUUAGAAACUUACGAUAUUAUCAUCGGUGAUAAAAAAAAUUAAUAUAUGCUUAGAAUAUGUUUGGCCCCAUUUUGCCAUAACUAUCAAGCGAGAAAAGUGAAGUUUGUUGAAAUAUGAUGAAAUAUGAUGAAAUAUUGAUACAAUGACGAAUCGUGCACCAAAGAUGUAAUCCUAUUUAAUCAUUUUAUAUUAUUGUUAUUAGAUGUUAAGUUUUUUUUAUUAUUAUACAUUUUCAUACGUUUUAAAAUAUACGAAAUUUUCACAAUCAUUUUUAUACUCAUACAUGCAGACUAAUGACGAUUUGAUUACACAAAAAUAUUUUCCGAAAUUUUAAUAGGAGAAAUUAUUGCAACACACGAUCCACAUGCAAUCUGUUGAGUUUCGGGCAAUGAGCGGUAGAUAAAAAAAUCGGAGAAUAAUUAUUACUCUUUUUUUUUAAUGGCUGUGCUUCGAUACUUGCGUGCUAUGAAAUCAAAUGUAACUUAUGUUGAGCUAAAUACUCUCUAACAUGACAAUUUUAUAUUAUAUUUAUCACAAUGAUUGCAAAAGCUUUAACGAGAUAUAUAAUUCCAUUCAUUUCUAGAUGAUUCUAGUAAAAAAAUUUUUUUGUUUUAAAGGAAACGCCAAUGUUUUAAAGUUUUAGAUUGAUAUGUCACUUUUGUAAGGGAAUCAUUUCUUUUUCGAGUUAGUAAUGCGUUAUUCGGAAAACAACUCGUAGCCGAUAUUAUGUAUUGUGAUCAUUUUAGACUGAGGGAUAAUAUCCGUAUUAUUUCUGUAAGUGUACUUUGUAUCUCUUUUACAUCCAAAAUGUAUUUCACGAUUGCAUUUUACGUUGGCCACGUUGAAGUGGAGCUGCAAUCGUACAUGCGAUCGAGGAAUCUCGUGACAUAUUUUAUACGAAUACCUCGAAUUAUGUAUCUCUCUCUUUCUCUCUCUCUCGUUAUUAGCAUUAUUUAGCACUUUGUAAUAUAAUCAGGUAUAAGGAGGAGUACAAAAUUGUAAAAGUUAAGUGUUUUUGGGGGCAUCAAUACAUAAGGAGCUCACUACAGCAAUGCUACUGCGUGAGCUCACUAACUGCACUGAUACAAUACUCAUUGCAGCCUGUUUUUACACAGGCUACAAUACUCAUUGUAGUUUAUAAUUCUUAAUAAAUUCGUAAUCAAGGUCGUUGCCCUAUUGUAUAUAAGUAUGGAUAUUAAAAAGCUUCGUGUAUAAGAACUUUUACAAAGCAUUAAGUAAGAUGUAUAUAUUGUAAGGCAUAUUAUUGUACAGUAAAAUAAAUCAUUAUCGAAAGGA